AUGUCCCAGUUGCCGAUGCCGGGAAGUAUCCAGUACUUGCAGCAUGUUCAGCACACGAUGCCACCGCUGCCCUGCUACCACAGUGGCCACGAUACGGCGUUGACCGACAGUAGUCAGUCCUCGACCACAUGGGCAAGCGAUGACGAAAAGUAUGGUCCACAAUCGCAACAUGUGCCGCUGCUGCAGGCGAUGAGCGUUCAGCAGCACAGACCCGAGCAUGACGUCCACUUUCAGAGCAGGACGGGUACUUUUCAGCAAUGGAUCGCGAGUUCCGAAGAGUGGACAACGGUGAUGCUACGCAACCUUCCACCAUGUUUUUCUCGUGGACGCUUGAUCUAUUUGCUCGCCAGGGAGGGCUUUGCCGGCACCUUCGACUUUCUUUACGUACCGCUUUGCUUCAAGGAGAAGGUCUCCUUGUGCUAUGCCUUCAUCAACUUUCUCGAUACAGACACAGUGGCCCGCUUCUGGAAGCACUUCUCCGGCUUCAAGAACUGGGGGUUCCCCAGCGUUCAAGUCGCUGAGGUUUGCUGGUGUGCGCGGCACCAGGGGUUGAGCGAAGCCAUUGAGUACUACCGGAACAACAGCGUGAUGCAUUCUAGCGUGCCGGACGAGUGCAAACCUGUACUCUUCUACAGGGGCAGCCGGACACUUUUUCCGGCACCCACCAAAACCAUCAAAGUUCCCAAGAAGGUGAAGCACACGAACGAAGACGGGGUCAUUUCGCAUGGUCAGCAGCUUCUCAACGGACACUCUUUGGGAGCUGCCCCUUUGCUUACCUUGACCCUGUGA